GGUACAUGGAAGACCAACAGACAGUAAUGAAAAGCAAUAGUUCUUACUCGCCUUAGCGGAUGGCCAAGGAAUAGUGACAAGAAAUGAAGUGCUGAGCGGCGAUAGAGCGAGUGUCCGGACAACGGAACCAGCCUCUCACACAUAAAUCCAUGUCCACUCGCUCCCCAGUCCCCUAGCUAGCAUUCCGCUCCCCCUCUCUCCUCCAGCCUCUCAGUCGCCCAUGAACAACGCCGACACAAAGCCAGACACCUCCUCGAGGGCGUCAACCCUCCCAGAGCCCGCCGUCGCAAGCACUAGUAAGGAGGUCCAGCGGGCCCGAAUGCCAUGGAAAGAUUAUCUCAUGCAAAAUGUCGACCCGCUCCAGUCCACCUCCCCUCUCGCUGCAUUCUGCUUCAUGACUGGUUUUAUUGACUCCAUUUCGUUCACUGCUGUCUUUGUCUGGUGUGGCUUCCAGACUGGUAACACAGUCCAGCUUGCACUCGCACUCGCCAGGUUAUUCUCUCCAGGAAACACCGACUUCCAAUUCCAAAUGGCUGACCGUCAAGCUCUCGUCUCAUUGGUCACUUUCCUCGGAGGCGCCUCCCUAGGACGCAUAGGUGACAAAAUGGGGUCCAACACCCGCGCCUGGCUGUUCCUCGGGACCUUCAUCCAGGCUCUCUUCACCAUGGCCGCAGCCAUCACAGUCUGGCAAGGCGGGCAGGGCUCCAUUGCAGGCUUCCGUGGCGAACCCGCAUGGACGAACGCACUCUCCUUCAUCGCUCUCGGAUUCGCAAGUGCCAGUAUAGGGUUACAAGGCAUCAUGGGCAAGCGUGUUAACUCGCAGUUCGCUACGACCGUCGUGCUCACCACCGUCUGGUGCGAGCUCCUCUCCGACCCGAAGCUCUUCCGGAAAGGUUUCGUCAUUACGCGCGAUCACAAAUUCAUUGCUGUCUUCGCGUUGUUCGUCGGUGGGUUCGUCGGGAGGGCGAUUCUGGACCAGAUUGGGAGUGCGGGUGCGUUUGGAGUUGGGACGGGCAUUCGGGUACUUAUUGCUCUUGGAUGGUUGUUUGUCCCUGCAAAGCGUGAAAAGUAGGGUCAAAAUUUGACUGUUUAGAGAGAUUCAGAGAACAAUCAUGCAUUUCUUGCAUUGUAUGGCUUUCAUGAUAGACUAUUACAUAGAGUUGCAAUUAUUUUCUUUGGCCUUGGCAAUUGCCGUAGUGCAUUUCCUGUACCGAGUAAUAAAAAUAAAU